UGGAAACUGUCUACCCAGAUCCUGAGCAGCCGCCAGAGAGCAACUCGGACGACAACCUGGUGACCACCCCCGACGGCGCAUAAGCAGGACGAGCUUCUCACUAGAGCCACAGCUGCAACGCUAACGCGCCCACUCCGUCACCCCACGGCGCAAACGACAACUUCGACGACGAAGCCUGCCGUCCGCCCCUCCGGCGCCCGAUCACGGAGCCCACGUCCUCGAUAUGGCACUGGUCGCGCUGUCGUCGUGGGGGCAAUCGUCUUCGCGAACUGUGGACUGUCUUCUGCGAAUGUAUGACGAUGCCGCUUUGGGCGGCGCUAGCGUCCCUCGUGGUCGCGUGUAUCCCCCACUCCAGCGGACACUCGCGCAUAUGGAGAGCAUCCGAGGCGCGCUUGACAUGGCGGGCAACUGCUUAGACUCGAUCCCGCUGACGCUCGUCAUAUCGGGCGCGUACUUCUACGCAUCCCCGACCGUGGCGGUGACAGUGACGCGCGCCUGCCUGACUGCAACCCAACGCGAUCCCCGGGGUCAGAUUCAAAUACUCAACGCGCACUGGCUCUGGUAAGUUAUCCGGUCGCCUCGGAGUUUCUUUAGGCGAGCACUGACGCUGUGGGGAGGUGACAGGACGAGAGUGGGAAACGACGGUCGGGGGAGAGCAAGACGGUCUGCAUCGCAGUGCU